AUGACAACUCAAAACACAGAUAUAGCUACGACAGAAUCUUAUAGACAAUCACGAGUAUAUAGACGUGGGUACGAUCAUGAUCACGACGAUGAUGAUCACGAUAAUCAAGAAGAUAUGGAUCACAUGGACGUAAACGACGACAUGGAUUCAAAAUCCCUAGCAGAGUCCAAAGGGGAAUAUUGGGGCGGCUAUUACGACUUCCUCAUAAACGAAGGGAGCUACAAAUUUUGGGCUGUAUUUCAACUUGCCACCGCUGCGCUCCUCAUAUACAGCGGUUUCGCGGCUCUUUACUACGCCAAGGUUAAUCCAUCGACCACUGAUGACUACGAGGAUUAUUUUCUCCGCAGAAGAAAGCGUCAUAUUAGCGACACGCUUUUUUACAUCGACGGACCGACAUUCCAGAGGAUUAUCGACGCAUUGGAAAAUAUUCAUUAA